CAUAUAGAAGUAGUAUUAACAUCGAUGCCAUUGUGUAUUAAAAAUAAUAACAUAAUAACAACAAUGUAAGUUUUCCACUAUGUUGAAUUGUGAACAUGCUAUCAGUGAUCGAUGAUAACUUUAGCGGAGAGUUAAACCAAUCAAUCAACACACACAAACAAAAAUAAAUUUUAAAUUUUAUUAAAAAAAAUAAUGAUAAAUAGAAUUGUAAGUCGUACGAUAUCAACGGCCAACAAUAAGUUGAUUAAUAAUAAUAAUGCAAAUGCAACAGUGCAACAGUUAUUAUCACAAAUACCACAACCACAAACAUUACCAAUUAUUGGUUCAACACUUGCAUUAUUAUUGUCCGGUGGAUCCGCUAAAUUACAUGAAUAUAUUGAUAAACGACAUCAACAAUUAGGUAAUAUAUUUAUUGAUCAAUUGGGUCCAACAAAAUGUGUUUUUAUUUUGGAUCCAAAUGAUAUGCGUAAAGUAUUUAAUAAUGAAGGCAAAUAUCCAGCACAUAUUUAUCCAGAAGCAUGGAAAUUAUAUAAUCAAUUAAAGAAUUGUGAACGUGGUUUAUUUUUUAUGGAUGGUACAGAAUGGUUAGUGUUUCGUAGAAUUAUGAAUAAAACCCUUUUACGGGAAGAUCUUGAAACGUUUUACGAACCCUGUAGAAUUGUUGCUGACAAUGUUACAAAUAUUUGGUUGGAAUCACAACAAACAGAAGUACUUAAUUUACAUGAUAUUUUAUACAGAUGGUCUGUGGAAUCUGUAACAUCGAUACUAUUAGGUACCCAUUACAUGAAAAAUCAUAAAAAAUUGCAACCAUCUAUUACAAAAUUAGUACGCGUGAUGCAAGAUGUUUUUGAAACUACAUCGAAAAUAUCGUUAAUUCCUGCCAAUUUUGCAUACAAAUUCAAGUUACCUGCUUGGAGAAGAUUUGAGACUGCUGUUGAUUUAGCUUUAGAACGUGCCAAUGCUUUAUCGUCAAUGAUUUUGGAUAUGCAUGAAAAUGGAGGCGGCGUAUUAGAAAGAUUAUUGGAGAAUGGUAUUAGUAAAAAAGAUUCAAUUCGAGUUAUGACUGAUUUAUUGUUAGCUGCAGGCGAUACCACUGCACAUACUAUGGAAUGGCUACUAUAUUUGCUUGCGAAAAAUCCAAAUAUUCAAAAUGAUAUUUACAGAGAAUCGUUAACAGUACCAGAUAUGAGUGAUCCACCGGCAUUAUUAAAAGGUGCUGUACGAGAAGCAUUACGAUUGUAUCCAGUCGCUCCAUUUUUAAACAGAAUAUUACCAAAUGAUAUUAAUAUACAAGGAUAUGAUAUUCCAGCAGGCACACUAUUGAUAUUAUCUCUAUAUAGUAGUGGUAGAUGUGAGAAAUAUUUUAAUUCGCCAGAGAAAUUUUGGCCAGAAAGAUGGUUAAGAUGUGAUUUAGGAGAAUCAAUGAAUUAUUCAAAUCUUAGAGCUGCCGUUGCGCAUGCAAGUAUGCCAUUUGCAAUGGGUUCUAGAUCGUGUAUUGGAAAAAAAUUAGCUGAAGCACAAAUGUAUGUUACAAUUAGAAUGAUUUUAAAUAAAUUUUCUCUAGAAUUAUUAAACACAAAUAAUAUUGAAAUGGUAAUGCGAUUAGUUGGAGUACCAUCAGAACCAAUUCGAAUUGCGUUACACAAACGAUAAUAUAUUAUCGAUAAUCAAGUAUUGUAUAAAAUUAUAUAUAUUAUAUACGUAUGUG